GCUGUGGCGGCGGAAGCAUGGAGGGCGAGAGCACGUCGGCGGUGCUGUCUGGCUUUGUGCUCGGCGCGCUUGCCUUUCAGCACCUCAACACCGACUCGGACACGGAAGGUUUUCUCCUUGGGGAAGUGAAAGGUGAAGCUAAGAACAGUAUAACUGAUUCCCAGAUGGAUGAUGUUGAAGUUAUUUAUACAAUUGAUAUUCAGAAAUACAUUCCAUGCUAUCAGCUUUUUAGCUUUUACAAUUCUUCUGGUGAAGUAAAUGAGCAAGCACUGAAGAAAAUAUUAUCAGGUGUCAAAAAGGAUGUAGUUGGUUGGUACAAAUUCCGACGUCAUUCAGACCAGAUCAUGACAUUUAGAGAGAGACUGCUUCACAAAAACUUACAGCAGCAUCUUUCAAGCCGGGAACUUGUUUUUCUGUUAUUAACACCGAGUAUAAUAACAGAAAGCUGCUCUACUCAUCGGCUGGAGCAUGCCUUAUAUAAACCUCAGAAAGGACUUUUUCAUAGGAUACCUUUAGUGGUGGCCAAUCUGGGCAUGUCUGAACAACUGGGUUAUAAAACUGUGUCUGGUUCCUGUAUGUCCACUGGUUUUAGUCGAGCAGUAAAAACACACAGCUCUGAAUUUUUUAAAGAAGAUGGAUCUUUAAAAGAGGUACAUAAGAUAAAUGAAAUGUAUGCUUCUUUACAAGAGGAAUUAAAGAGUAUAUGUGAAAAAGUAGAACACAGUGAGAGAGCAGUAGAGAAACUACUAAAGGAUGUAAACAGAUUAAAAGGAGAAAUUAAAAAAAGAAAACAAGCACAGAUUCAAGCAACACGAGAGAAUGUCCAGAAAGACCCUCAGGAGAACAUUUUUCUUUGUCAAGCUUUACGGACCUUUUUUCCAGAUUGUGACUUUCUUCAUUCAUGUGUUAUCUCCUUGAAAGACAGGCAUAUUUCUAAAAGCAGUUGUAAUACCACCCAUCAUCUCAGUGAGGUAGACAACCUGACCCUAAUGGUGGAAUACACUGACAUUCCUGAAGCUAGUCCAGCUGGCAGCGCACUGCAAAUGACUAAGCGUAAAGUUUUAGAUACAGAUGACAGAUGGCAAUUCAAGAAGUUACGGCUGUUAGAGAUACAGAACAAACCAUGGAAAGCAGACACUGACAGCAGUAACCAAGAAAAAGCAUCCGCAGUGAGCAGCCCGGAAACAGAUGAAGAGAUUGAGAAAAUGAAGGGUUCUGGUGAAUACUCACAGUCUCCUACCUUUUGAUUCUUUUAAACCAAGUUGGAGAUUUUUGAUCAGCUGAAGGGUAAUGCCAGACAUUUCUAUUGUUUGCACUAUGUUCAGCUCUUUGCAGUAACACAUAGAUAAGUUCUGGUGCAUUUAUUUUAUAAAGUACUUUAAAUUGAGUGAAUCCAGAAUUUGAAUUCAGAAUAAGCCUAGUAAUGCAGUGUGUUUGGGAUCUGCAGUUGGUCAAUUAGGUGAAAAGGCCAGUUAAGUGGGACUCAAAUGAUAUGUACACAUACAUAUGGCAUCUAUCAGAGGUUUCAUUUUAACAUACAGCCAAAGUAUACAUUGAUUUCUCAAACUUUUACUGUAGGGCCAGGGACUUUUCUAAGAAUGCAUUGGAGUUCCUAUGAAAAUCACACCCAUUACUUAACCUUUACAAUUCCCAGUUUUAGUUUCUUUAAAGAAAACUUGCAAAGCAACCUAAGGAUAAAAUGCUACUAGUUCUUUUUUCAUUUCUCAUUCCCAAUCUUAAUUGUCCUAACCAUACCUAAUUUGACAGCUUUUUUUUUAAUCUAGUUAUCUUUAUCAAAUCUUCUCACUUACUUAGUUUUCAUUGCAACAGUAACUUUCUAAUGCUCAUGCUUAUCGCUACAAAAAUGCAGCUAACAUAGGUCUGGGAACAAAAUAGCUGACUCUUGGCAAUGUAGAAUUCAGUAGGUUAGGAAAGUCAUGGGCUUGAGUGUAAUUUUUAAGGAGGAUGUAAGGCCCCAGUUUAAUCCAGUGAGUUGGUUAAGUGGAGGUUGAUAAAAAGAGCUUUGACUGUGUUUUUUGUCUUUGUCUUUUCCAUAACAGAAUUUCCCAUGAAGCAGACACAUCACAUGCAGGCUUCAUGUGGUACUCAGUGGGUGCAAUGCUGAACCCACAUGUUGACCACGGCUCUGCCAUCAGUUACUGCCUAAGUAGUAAAGCAUAUUCAUAGCUAGUAUCAAAAACUCUUUUAUCUAUAUGUCAACAUGCAUUGGUUACCAUGGGGUGCUUCUGAAGCCCACAUAAUACCAGGGACAAUUUGUGCAAAUAAUGAGUUUCUAUUGAGAUUGUUUCACUGGUUACGUAAGAAGCACACGGCAGGAGAGGAAAUAGGGUUCAGUCUGAGCUCUAAUUUAAAAAUAAUUGAUAUCCCAACUUUUAGGGUAUUCAAUGAAAAGGAGGAAAAGAAUCCUUGUAGGACACUUUUUCUCCAUUACUCUCCACCUUUUGGCAGUUAGUUUGCAUCACUGGAUAAGAAGAUGAUGUAGCAGAUUGCCUAUGGACUGGCUUAUUUAUAGGAAACUAGCAGCUUCAGGACACACUAGUCCAGGAAUGAAUGUUAGGUCCUGUGACAGCACCACUGUGCAUCUCCAUGUAACAUCUCUACAGAGGAAAGACAAGUCUUAGCCAGCGUACUUACUUGCUCGUUAGAAAAUCUUCCUUAGCAAUUUUAAGUUCACAUCCUGUCAUGUGGGAUUUGUACAUUAUAUAAACAUUUCACUCUCCUACACUCCCAUCCCCACAGUCCUAUUUACAAGGCAGAAUCUGAGCCCAAAGUAAAAUUCCAGUACAAGUCAUCCCUUUCAUGUUUAACAUCUCAGUAUCAGUGGUAGUUGUAUGAGCUAUUUGAGGACUAGAUAUAAGUGAAAAUCCCACGGUACCGAUUUUUUUAUUCAUAUGUAUGCAAACUGUAAUGAGUAGUAACAUUUUAAAUAAUCUGAUUCACUUAAUGAACAUUCUCAUGGAGAGGAAGCUUCUCUCUUGAAACACUUUUUCCUCAUAAAAUUUCAAAUUAUUAAGAAUUAAAAAGUUAAUACUUAAGAUUUAGCCUAUUAGUUUUCUACUCAAAGGUUAUUAAAACUUAUAGUUUGAGUCAGUAUUACUACCACACAUUUAUUGUAAAAUAAGUUUAUUGAUGGUAACUUUAUGUAAUUUACUCCCUGUAUCUGAUGUUACAAAUUUUAGGGUCUUUGAGAUAUGCAGGAUCCUUGUAUGUAACUGGCAUAAACCCUGUAAAGAGAUAAUGAAAGUUCUUUACUAUGACAAAAAUGAAUCUGUUACUGAAUAUUUAGGUAAAACAAUAUGAAAAUGCCGGGGGUGGGGGGAAGAUAAUGAAAGUUCUUCACAAAAGAUAAUGAGCAAAAUUCUGGUUGGCAUAAUUCAUGUUUUCAGAUGCUCUUACCCAUUAUUUGAGCUCUUUUAAUUGCUUUUGUGAUUUCUUUUUGUUUCUUCCCACAAAGACCUAUAAAAGAAUAUGAUUUCUUAUUCAUAAAAAAUGCCAGUAUUCAAAAUGCAUAACAACUAAGUCAAGGAAGAACUGGAAAGCCAGGUUUGUGGGCCAUACGGUCUCUGUCACUGUCACUCAGUUCUGCAGUUGUAGCUUAGACACUAUGGAAGGUAAGCUAUUUACAGAAACAAGUGGCAGAUCUGAUUUGGCCUCUAUGCAGUAGACUCCUGGCUUAAGUAAUAGUCUAGAGAUGAUUAUAGGGUACUCUGAAACAGCAAGCAGUUUUUUUAAGCCCAAGUUUUCUACAUGUUGUCAGCCUAUAGUUAACUGAGUAUAAGAGGACACGCAAAAUAAUAACCCUUUUGGCCUAAGAGGCUUUUUCAAAGUACUCAUAGUAUGUGGCCUAAUAGUAAUUUACAGCACUAUUUUUGCCAGUUUUCUUAAAUAACAGAAGCAGAUUUAUAAAAUUCUUAUCUACUUUUAAGUUGCUAUAAUAGAAAACAAAAUACCUGUUAUGUGCCUUCCAUAAAUGCAUCCAGUAAAUGGAGAAAUAAACUGGGAUAAAAGCUGUUUUCAGUUUUAUUUGGAAAGGAAAAAAAAUUAUAUUAAUAUACUUGUUAUUCAAUCUUGAUUGUGUAAGUUUCAAAAUACCUUAUGCCACCUUCAAGUUAUGUAAAGGUUUAUUAAUAAAUUUCAGACAAACUUCAAAAA